GUUGUCUUUAUCGAUUACCGUACCGCCAACAGAAUCCAUUGGAGACCGACGUGGUUCAAUGAUAGUUCGUUCAAAGCUAACUGAGGUUGUAAUUGGAUAUAAAAUCCUCAUCACUUCCAGUAAUAAAGUUGAUUUAAGAAUACGAGUAGAAGAUGAAUAUACAUAUUAUACUGAUGGUGACCUGUUGGUCGUGGGUGCUAAAGUGAAGCUAAGGAAUCCCCAAAAGGGGAACGUUAUUGAAACCUACACGACCUCAAACAGCACAGAGCUGCUGUUUAACGAUCUCGAAGAGGCAUACUACAAUUUACAAGUGAGUGCAGACAGGCAUACCUCAUACUGGGCGGUCAUUCUUGCAUCUCCAUCCGACCCAAAUGUGACAGUCUUCUUAGUGAGAACGGCAGUGCAGUAUAGCUGGACUGUGACUCCUGUUACAUACCAGGACAAGUACAUUGUCACCUUAGAUUCAACAUUUGAAACCAGG